AUGGGGACCACCACUACGCAAACGUCAAGUACGUCGGUCGGGCCGAUCGACCACCAAGCAGGGCCUCGCCAACGUGCCACUGGCGUACACGGUUUCCAUCCUGGGCGUGGUGCUGCUGAUUGUGGAGUUCUUCAAUCUGCACGUCGAGGAGUUCACCAUCCAUCUGAAGCGUUUCGGCCGUCUGGCGUACGCGCUGACCCCGCUCGAUCUGUUUCUGGCCCUGCGUCCGAGCCCGCUCAAGAUCGACAACUAUCUGGACACCCUGCGGCUGCACAAGUGGGUGUCGCGGAUUAUACUUGUGUUUGGGAUAUGCCACAGCGUGGGAUUCCUGCUGCGAUGGCUUGCGCUGGGCACAUUCUCGAAAGUAUGGCGACUGGUCAAUUUCUACGGGUUUGUCAUGUUUGUGCUGUUCGACGUCCUUCUGGGCGUGAACUGGCGGCGCGUCCGGUCGAUAAAGUACACGUGGUUCAUUGCGUUUCACAACCUCGUGAUGUACACGUACCUGGUGCUGACGCAGCUGCACGCGCGGCCCGGGGUGACGCUGCUAUUUGUGCUGAACAUCGCCCUUCUUUUGUACCAGCACGUCUACAGACUGCUCACGACGAGGAGCGUCACCAUCGACAAGAUCACUGA